CCCUAAUGGUCUCCAUAUGUUCACAUCGAACAAAGAAGGCUUUCCUUGUUUUUCAUCCUAAUGCACAUCGAUAGGAGAUGGCAGAAGCCUUGGUGAAAUUCUUUCUGCAAAGAUUGAGUUCUCUGAAAUUGCAAGAGAAUGAAGCUUCUCCAGGUCUGCAAGAUAAAAUCCAAAAGCUCAAGAACAGACUUGAGGAGAUUAUAAGCUUUCCUGGAGAUAUAGGUAGUACUAGCAAACAAGAAGAUGGAUUGGUUUGCAAUUGGCUGGGAAAUUUGAUAGAAACAUUACAUGAUGCGGAAAAUUGUAUCAAUGAGUAUGUCGCUAAGGCUAGAAAUCAAGAUGGGUCUGAUCAGGUACUGUCAAUUGUGCAGUUUUGUGGUAAAUUAGAGAAGAUCAAUGCACAUCUUGCCGAAAUUUUACGCCAAAGAUCUCAACUCAUUAUGCCUCCAACAUGGGAAGCAAAAAAAGAAAUUGGGCAAAGUUCUUCUUCUGGUGAUGGUGUUGAUGUAGUAGGUGAGGAAUCUCUUGCCCCUUUUGCUUUGAAUUAUAGAAACUUGCCUUCUUACCUUAGAUCCUGCUUAAUCCAUUGUUCUCUCUUCCCUGAGAAAACAAGUAGAGGAAGAUUGGUUCGGCUCUUGGUGGCUGAAGGUAAUUUACAAGAAAAACCAGGGGAAGUCAUGGAGGAUAUUGCUGAAGAAAAUAUAAACGAAUUGGUUGGCCAAGGUAUGCUUCGCGUUAAAAUUGGAUUCAAAGAUAAACUCAAAGUUGUCGACCCUUAUCAUAAAAUUUGUCUACUUAAGCUACAACGAGGAUAUUCUAUCAGUCAGAGUCUGUUUUGUGAUUCUAAUUUUCCUCAGAGUUCCUCCAUUGUUGUCAUCCACCACCAUGGUGAGACUAUCAUGACAAGCUCCAGUGAUCACCCAAUUGGAUCAUUAUAUGUCUUUUCGUGUAAUGAGGGCAUUCCUGACAACCACUGGGCCUUCCAUAACUUCAAAAUUUUGAGGGUUUUGGAGAUUGAGGAUGUUAAAAUUAAGAGCUUACCAGAAGAAAUAGGAGAUUUGAUACAUUUGAGGUAUCUAGGCUUGAAACAUUCAGCACUGUAUGAGAUUCCAAAGAGUAUAGGCAAUCUUCAAAAUCUACAAACUUUGGAUAUUAGAUGGCCUAGAAGUCUGAGGGGAUUGCCAAGUGGAGUUCUGAAUCUUCAACAUUUGAGGCAUCUUAUGUUGCCAGUGAAUGAAAUAAAAGUCCCCUCGGGUAUAAGCAUAUUAACAAACCUCCAGAGCUUAACUGGUUUAUUUAUAAGACAUGGCUUCAUCAAAGAAUUAGGGAGUUUGACUCUACUCAGGAAACUGGAAUUGAUGGAUGUUUCUGAGGAACAUGCCAGUCAGCUCUCUGCUUCUAUUAUGAAGAUGACAGGACUCCUGUCUUUAUCUCUACAUACAAGAGGUUAUGGAAAGGAUGAACUGUUGCCCACAUUGGAGCCAUUUUCACCAUUGACAUCUAUCAGAAAACUUUGCCUAGAAGGGCGUCUUAUGGGUCUAUCUAAUUGGGUCUGCUCCAUGGAGAACCUCACUAAGCUAAGAUUAGGUUUUUCCUUUCUAUCUGAGGAAGAAAUUUCUCUACUUCAAUUUCUUCCCAACUUGAAACAUCUAACACUGUGGAGAGCUUGUGAGGCCAAAGUAAUAAACAAAGAAUUUUCCCGCGUGGGUGGGUUUCCUAAGCUAGAGAUAUUUAUUAUUGCUUCUCCGUAUCUUCUGGAAUGGACUGAGAUUGAAAAAGGGGCAUUGCCAAGCUUAGCAUUUCUCUGCUUUCACAGUUGUUCACGGUUGAGGAAUCUUCCAGAAGGACUGCAGUAUGUCAGCACACUAAAAGUACUGGAGAUACUUCCCUUGCACCCAGAUCUUGAACGGAGAUUGAAACUUGAUGGAGGCAAAGAGAAUUACAAGAUCAAACACAUCCCACAAAUACAGUUUUUCUCUUCAUUUCUACGCACAUGGGUUGCAAUGUGAUGCCAUGUUCUGUCAACUGAAGGAAAAGAAAAUUACAAGGUUUGGAAAUCUCGAAAUAAUGUUGUGUUUCAAAGGACUGAUCCUGAUAGUUUGGGCACAAUGGCUGUGAUGAACUCCAUAAUUUAUGAUGGACGUAUCUGUGUGGAAGAACUUGCUUCUGGUGGUUCUCAACCUGCUUCUGUUAUUCCAUAUCUGAUUCAUGUUUCUCCUUCAGGCUACUACCUUGUUAUCUCUUCCGAUGGAGCUUGGAAUGCUGCAACAAAAAGAGGCUGUAGAGGUGGUGUGCUGAAAUCCCUUCAAGGUGUCUUUAUAGGUGCCAAAUGCAAGUGGGGAGUAGUGUUUCGGCUGCUGCUACUGAGGCAGAGGGGAUACGUGAUGGAGUUUGAUCACUAUAUCAUGCGGCUUCUCUUUGGUGUAAUAUCUAAGGGAUUGCCUAGCUGUUUUUAUGGCUUUAAACUCUCUUUCAACUUCGAUUGAUUUGGAAACUAAAUGUGUAGUUGAUGAUAUUCUUUCUUUAUUAAUAGAUUUUUCAUUUAUUUCUUCU